CAAUGCUCCAGGAUAUUUUGAUUCUGUAAGUCUUCCCUUCAGUGACCAAGCUUUCAGUGGACCAUUUGCCUUUGGACUGUGAUGCAGAGUUAAACAUGCUGAUUAUUUCUGUAAAUCCAAUUCGAAAUCAUCUGUUAACAAUUUCACCACCUUCUUGGAAGUUGGAACUGCAUAGUGCUUUUUUCCUGCUUAUCAUCAUUGGUGCACAGAGUUGCAAACUAGAACACAUCAUUCAAAUGGAUCAAGUUAGCGUUAGUUUUAGUUCAAUGUCAAAGCUUUACAAAACCAUCAUUCUGUUUUAUCUACAUCUCUAUUCCUCUUACCAUAUUGCCAGAAGUAUGCAUACGGAGUCCACUUUAUGUGAAACCAUCCUUUCUUCCUUUCUUUUUUGUCUUUUUGAGGGAAUGGGGGAGUGGUGUUGGGGUCCCUGAAUUUGGCGUGCUCUUUGCCUCCUAAUUUACCCAUUUAGUGCAUAAUUGCUGUCAGAACUACUAUUACCAGCAGCAGCUCAAAAUGUUUCUCCCAUGGUACCUCAGUUAGCAUGUGCUUUAGUGGCUGUGGGGUUAAAACUAAGGACUUUGCGAUGAUGCUAAUUGCAUCUGUGUCACAGUUUCUAAAAAUAAACAACUGGGAAUGCAUCUUGUUUAAUUGUGCCAGUUUAAAGUUUCUAGAGUAAGUUCAUCACCAGUAGUACAAGGAGACCUAAAAGUUCAUGCCUUAUGCAGUAGAAAUGGAUGUCUAAUGCAUGAAUAUGUUGUGUAUAGCAAGUUGUUUAAUAUUUAUGCAGUGAACCCUAGUGUUUGGGUAAACGCUUUGUUCCCUCAUUUUUCAAUGACAUUUUGAUUCUGUCAAUCCCUUCUUCAUUUCCCAUGUGUAUUUAAAUGAAUUGAAAAAAGCCUAUAAUGAAAUUGCUAGUGAAGAGAAAACUGUGUAUACAAGAAAUUUCCAUAGCAAGCAUUCACUGCUGACACAUCAUCAUCAUCUCUCUCUCCUCUGUGUCUGUGUGUGCACGCUUGUGUGAUUUACAUACUAACAGACAUGAUUUUCUCUAAUCCCUGUGAAUUGUAAUCUUUCUUUAGUACACAUUGUAGAAGCAAAAAGAACUGGCCAAGGUCCCCUGUAGUGUGGAAAUGGAGAGGGGCAAAAUCAGCAACUUACUGGGGCAUAUUAUACAGAAAAUUUUGUCAGAUUUAUCACUUAGGGAUGCAGUGA